UCUCUCCUCGCGACUGCUGGCGGCGAGCAGCGUCAAGCUCGAAGAGCCUCGAGCGAAAAUGGCGGCGUCUUCUUGCUCGCGCCUCGCGCGUCCGGCUCGUCGGAGAUCACUCCUCACCCCUGAAACCCUCCCAAGCCUUCGCCGCCGGCAGCGACCUCCGUUGCCGGAGCAAACCGCAGCCUUCGCGCUCCUAUCUCAAGGAAGACGGUACUCCGCCGAGAGCGUCGUCAAGUCGCCGUUCGACGCUCACGUUCUCAGGAUCCUAGACAGCCGGAUCGAGCUGGAGUCGGAGUACCCUGUAUUUGAGACUCCUACGAAGUUCGAUUCCUAUACUGUUCAAGAUCAACCGGGUCAACGGUGGGUCACACUGAGGGGGAAAUUUGGCGAUGGAGAGGAUAUUAAAAUUGAAGCAACGUCAUUUGAUGCGGCUGUACUUGUUCAAAAACCUGGUGAAGACAACUCUCGUCAAGAUAUGCGUCUGCAUAUAAGCUUACUGGUUGAUGUAUCUAAAGGGGAUGGUCGUGGGAUGCUGGAGUUUCUAUGCUCAGCAUGGCCAGACUCUUUGGAGAUUCGGAAUGUUUACCUAUUUAGAAAGGAAAUGCAGGAGAAGAUGCAUUCGUGGUCUUACAUGGGACCUGAUUCUAGGAAGUUGAAUGCAAAGAUACGAAAUACUUUUCAGGAGUUCUUGGAGAGAAGGGGAGUAAACAACAAGAUGUCUGCUUUCCUGCAUGAAUACAUGAGGAACAAAGAACGGGUGGAGCAUCUUAGGUGGUUGGAAAAUGUGAAGUCAUUGAUUGAAAAGUAAAAGAGUAUAAGGAGUGAGCCAUUAAGGAAAGCCUCAGCUUGCAUCUCUUAACAUGCGGAUGAUUACACACUUUUUAGGAGAUUUUCAAGUAAACCGAAUUUAUUGACUUGGAAAAAGUUCAAGCCAGGCUGAUGAAGUCAAUUUCUAAAUCAGAUGACAAUCUCAAUCUGAAGAACGUAUGGCAAAGUGGUAUUAAUUUUACGGUCACUACUAUGGGGAUGGCUUCUGCUGUCAUGUCGAAAUCCUCAUCGUUUCCGUUGUACCUCUGUGAGUCGUGUUAGAGAGAAGAAUGAAGGUAUCUGCGAGUUGAACUUGUGAAGACAUUAUUCAUGGCUUCAUGUCCUCGUCCUAUUUCAACAGAAGCUAGUGUUUUCAGACUGCAGGCGUGGUCAGUCAAAGAAAUGCUCUGCCUUUGGCUUGUUAUUGUAAUCUUCUCUUUUCUGCUUUACUUACCAGUGAUCUACAGCAUUAGUUUGUGAGCACAUUUCAGCAUUGUCCAAAACGAAUUCGGUACCUUUCCGAGAGGCUGGUAAAUUUUGAGUCGCAAUCUUGUCA